AUGUCCAGAACGAUCCUCUGGGAAACCAGCUUUGACCCGAGUGUGCUUCAAGCGGGUCGAGAGGCAACCCAGCCCCUACCGACCAAAUCUUGCACUUCAUACUAUGGCGCUCAUUCCAGCGAGCGAAGGCUCAUUUCUGCUGUCCCAAGUUCUGACCGCAAGACAGGGAAACGCCUGGUCCAUCUUGGGCGCGGACGGACCAGUUCAGCUUCUGGCAAAUACCGCUUUAGGCGUGUGGUCCAUGUUUCCCAGCGGCCCUGGUUCGGAUACGCAGGGCCCUCCCGUGUGCGGCCCCAGGGCUCCGAGUCCGGGUCCGCCGGAACCGCUGCGGCCUCCCCCUUCCCGGCCCCGGGGCCUCUGCCCUGCCCGCAGGAACCCGCCGAAGGCCACCCCGAAGGGGCCGGCAGCUCCGGGCGCCUCCCGCGUCGAGCAGCCGGGCCUGGCCCGCGGGCAGCUCUCCGGUUCCUCGGCGGCCGAGAUGCGGCGGCCCCUUGCUCCGCGGAGCGGGGAGAGAGGAGGGCAGGCCAGCCGGGCGCGCCCCUCCCGCCGCAGCCCCGAGCCGGGCCGGGCCGCCCGCCGCAGGCACCUGCCGCUGGCGCUGCGCGGCCUUCCCGGGCGCGCUCUGAGCCGCCGCCGGGCCGGGCCCGCUUACGCCGCUUCCGGUGCUGCAGCGGGAGCCGCGGCGGCGGCGGCGGCGGCGUCCCCCAGAUGGCCCGGCCGGAGGCGGCGGGGCUGGAGCUGCGAGGCUGCGCGCGGGCGGCGGGGCCGCGGGCGCUGCUGCCGCGGCUGCUGCUGCUGGGCGUGGCGCUGGGCUGCUCGGCGCCGGGCCCGCGCGGCGUGCAGGAGCAGGCGUACUCGGCGGCGGUGGUGCUGGAGGGCCGCGUGCAGGCGCUGGCCGGCCCCGGCAACGGCAGCGCGGAGGCGGCGGCGGCGGCGGGGCCCGCGGGCGGCCUGCUGGUGAAGGUGCUGGACCUGUGGCCGCUGCACAGCGGCGGGCUGCGGCGGGAGCAGCUCAUCCGCGUGGGCGCGCCGCCGGCGCCCUGCUUCCGCGCCCAGCGCAACCGCCGCUACAUCUUCUUCCUGGAGCCCACCGAGCAGCCGCUGGUCUUCGCGCCCGCCUUCGCGCCCCUCGACGCCGCCGCCGCCGCCGGCAAGAGCCUCAAGAAGGACGUGGCCCGCAUCCUCUGCGCCGACUGCCCUGCCCCCCCGAAACUAAAGAAACUGAAGAGCCUCAGUGUGGAAGUGGGGGCCAAGAUUUCUUUGAAAUGCGAGGCCAGUGCCGGGAACCCCCAGCCCUCCUACAAAUGGUUCAAAGACGGCAGAGAGGUGAAAAAGAGCAAAGAUGUCCGGAUCAAAUAUGGAAAUGGAAAAAAAAAUUCCAGAUUGCAGUUGAAUAGAGUGAGAGUAGAAGAUGCAGGAGAAUAUAGCUGUGAAGCCGAGAAUGUGCUGGGCAGAGACACCGUCAAGGGCACCAUCAGUGUGAAAAGUGUAAGUACAACUCUGUCCUCUGGGCCUGGACAUACGAGACAAUGCAACGAAACUGUCAAGUCCUAUUGCGUCAACGGGGGAGUGUGCUACUACAUCGAGGGCAUCAAUCAGCUGUCCUGCAGGUGUCCGAACGAAUUCACAGGGGACCAGUGUCAGAACUUCGCAAUGGCCAGCUUCUCCAAGCAUAUUGGAUUAGAAUUAAAGGAAGCUGAGGAGCUGUAUCAGAAGAGAGUUCUAACCAUUACCGGGAUUUGUGUUGCAUUGCUUGUUGUGGGAAUAGUGUGUGUGGUCGCUUACUGUAAAACCAAAAAACAGAGGAAUCAAAUGCAUAAUCAUUUGAGGCAAAAUAUGUGUCCAGCUCAUCAGAACAGGAAUCUUGCAAACGGACCCAGUCACCCCCGGCUAGACCCCGAGGAAAUUCAGAUGGCUGAUUAUAUGUCUAAAAACGUCCCAGUGACCGAGCACGUCAUACGAAGGGAAACAGAGACCACCUUUUCAGGGAGCCAUUCCUGCUCACCGUCACAUCGCUGCUCCACAGGGACGCCGACUUCAAGCCAAAGACACGGAAGCCACACUUGGAGCAUGGAACGGACAGAAAGCCUGACUUCAGACUGCCAGUCCGGGAUCAUGUUGUCUUCAGUGGGAACCAGCAAAUGCAACAGCCCAGCCUGUGUGGAGGCUCGCGCUCGGCGGGAAGCGACGUUCUGCGUUGAGGACCAGCGGGGGCCGAUGACCCAGUACCGAGACUCCGUGGAUUCCCUUCGAGACUCACCGCACAGCGAGAGGUACGUGUCUGCCUUGACCACCCCAGCUCGCCUGUCUCCUGUGGACUUCCACUGUUCCCCAUCAGCCCACAUGCCCACCUUUGAGAUCACCUCCCCGAACUCGGCUCAUGCAGCCUCCUUACCCCCUGCAGCAUCCAUCAGCUUCCAGGUGGAAGACCAGCAGCCUUUGCUCAGAAGGUACCAAGUCCCUUUCCAAGAAAUGCAGAGAUACGAUAGUUACUACCAAAGAAGCAGCUACCUAAACGAGAGCACGGGCAGCUUGCCGUCCAGCCCCUUCCGCAUCACAGAGGAUGACGAGUACGAGACAACGCAAGAGUACAUCACCGCACUAGAGCAUCCAAAGAGAAUAGGCAGCAGCAACAGGCGGUGGAGAAAGUCAAAACUCAAUGGACACCUGUCGCACAGGGGCAAAAUGCUCAGAGACUCCUUCUCAGUGAGCAGCGCAUCUUACAGCGAAUCUGAUGAGGAGCUGGUGGCGGAGAGCACCCCUUUCUUAAGCAUUCGGAACAUGGAAGCGAUGGACACAGACUCACCCCCCCUGUAUCGUCCGGCAGAGAGCAGGACUUACUAUUCCUUCGACAGAUGCAGCACACAGGGAGACAGCCGGCUAUCACACCCCACCAGGUCCAGCCAAGACUCAGCACCACCUUAGACGUCCCGUGGACGCUUCCUCGUAGCCCCUCCCAUGAACACGCCAGAGCCCAGGAGGACAAAACUAACAGAAAAGACAAAUUUUUAUUUUCUAUAAAAGAGGAAAAAAUAUAACAAAUGAAAUGUUUUAUUUUCAUUUUAGCAAUGGUGUCUUAUAAUAGC